AACAGAUAAGUAAAAAGUGAGCUCCGUGGACGCACGACAACACACCAACUGAAGUGGAAAGCGGCUCCUGUUCAGCUCCGCGCCCCAUUUCGGACGUCGCCUUUUUUAAAAGUGCUUCGGGUUCAGACACCAAACAGGACUGAAAGAAGACCAACAAGGCAGAGUCUAAAAGAUAAUCGCCCCUUUUGGUUUUUUUGGGUCUUUUCCCCUCUCCUCUUUAUGUCAGGAAAGUGUUGUCAAACUUUCUAGUAAUCAUAGGUGGAGAAAUUAUUUUUCUUUGUCAUCUCGAAGACUGAAUUCAGACAAACUAAUGACGGCAGAGGUCCAGCAGCCCCCAGCGCAGCCUCCUGCCCAGAGCAGCCCGAUGUCUGCUCCAGAGAAGACGCACGGACAGACGGUGGUGAUGGAAACCGGGUCCUCCACCACGAAAACCAAGAAGACGAACGCAGGGAUACGGCGACCAGAGAAGCCCCCUUACUCAUACAUAGCAUUGAUUGUGAUGGCCAUCCAGAGCUCUCCCACCAAGCGGCUGACGCUUAGUGAGAUCUACCAGUUCCUGCAGAGCCGCUUCCCGUUCUUCAGGGGCUCGUAUCAGGGAUGGAAGAACUCCGUGCGUCACAACUUGUCCCUGAACGAGUGCUUCAUUAAGCUGCCCAAGGGCCUUGGCCGACCGGGGAAGGGACACUAUUGGACUAUCGAUCCGGCCAGCGAGUUCAUGUUCGAGGAGGGCUCCUUCAGAAGGAGACCCAGGGGUUUCAGGCGCAAAUGCCAGGCGCUGAAACCCAUGUACAGCAUGAUGAACGGCCUGGGAUUCAACCACAUUCCCGAGGCGUAUAACUACCAGGGGAGUGGCGGGGGCCUGUCCUGUCCGCCCAACAGCCUGUCUCUGGACAGCGGGAUCGGGAUGAUGAAUGGACACUUGGCAGGUAACAUGGAUGGGAUGGGUCUGUCCGGCCACUCCAUGUCGCACUUGUCGAGCAACAGUGGACAUUCCUACAUGGGAAGUUGCACAGCGUCCACUGGGAGCGAUUACCCCCACCACGACAAUGCCGCCUCCCCGCUGCUGACUAGCGGGGGAGUCAUGGAGCCUCACCCCGUCUACUCGAGCUCGGCUUCGGCGUGGGCCUCGGCCCAGCCGACCUCCCUGAACAACGGGGCUUCGUACAUCAAGCAGCAGCCGCUGUCUCCAUGCAACCCGGGGGCGAACAGCCUGCAGCCGAGCUUGCCCACACACUCAUUGGACCAGUCGUACCUGCACCAGAAUGGACACAGCACCACAGAUUUACAAGGUAUUCCUCGGUACCAUUCCCAGUCUCCCAGCAUGUGCGACAGGAAAGAGUUCGUGUUCUCCUUCAACGCCAUGACGUCCUCGGCCAUGCACUCACCUGGAAACGGCGCCUACUACCACCACCAGCAGGUCUCCUACCAGGACAUCAAGCCCUGCGUCAUGUGAUCCCUGCGGGAGCAAGCUGCAGACCGUAUGGACGGUGUGUGUGUGUGUGUGUGUGAGAGAGAGAGAGAGUCACUCGGACCGGAGGCAUGCAGGCAGCAGGACGGGAACUGAUAAUUAAAAAAAUAAAAAUACAAAAAUCACCACUGAGAGACUUUUUUACUGAGGAGAGAGCUCCCUGCCUCCUGUAGACCGGACUACUUCCCUGUGUUGUUGGAGAUCAGACGACUCAAGCCACACAAUAAUAAAAAAUAAUAAUAUAUAAUAAAACAAACUUUUCCAUAACUUCAAAGUGGCAUAAAAAUAAAAGAAAAUGUUGCUGUUUGGUACUUCGUCCUGAAGAGCGGAUGACUUCUCACAUGUUUAAUCAUUUUGUAAAAUAUGCACACCUAAUUUUCUCCGUUUUUUUUAUUAUUAUGUCUAAUUCUUAUUUUGUUGACAAACUAGCUGGAACAAAAUACCCAGCGUUGAAAUCUGAUUAAUUAAUUAUGGACAUUACAUAGGCCUAUAUACUGUACGUCCAUACUGUAUACUGUGUAAAAAAAAAAUGGCACUUUUUGAUUAGCCUAUAAGCGCAACUUUUUAUUUAUUCUCUAGGCCUGCAUUUCAGUUUCAGGCGAAUUGGCCUAAGCGUUCGGUGCUUUAUUGGCAAUAUUUGUCAAGAUGUGUGAUGUUUAAAAAAAAAAAAAGAAGAAAAUUAUGGAUAUAUUGUAAGCACUGUGUCGUUUGUGUCAAAUGUAUGUAGAGUAUAACUUCCAUCACUUAGUGUAGUUAGGCUAUUGUCAGGAAAAACAGCGAGGGUUCCUCCUAUGUGAGCUGAUAUUUCAUAAUUUUUUAUGAAAAUAAAACCAUCCGAAUUCA